AUGCGAGUGUACAACUGUCAUUUCUGCUCGUCGCCAGUGUAUCCCGGUAAGGGAAUCAUGUUCGUGCGUAACGACUCCAAGGAGUUUCGUUUCUGCCGAUCCAAGUGCCACAAGAACUUCAAGAUGAAGCGAAACCCCCGAAAGCUGCGAUGGACCAAGGCGUUCCGAAAGGCUGCUGGCAAGGAGAUGGUGGUGGAUUCCACCCUGGCCUUCUCUGCCCGACGAGACGUGCCCGUGCGAUACAACCGAGACCUCGUGGAGAAGACUCUGGAGGCCAUGGAGAAGGUGGAGGAGAUCCGGCUCAAGCGAGAGCGGGCCUUCUACAAGAACCGAAUGCGGGGCAACAAGGCCGCCCAGCUGGAGGAGGACCGAAAACUGGUCGAGGCUCACCCCGAGCUGCUGCGAGAGCGAGAGGUGGAGCUCCGACGAAUGCAGGAGGCCGGCGAGGACGACGACGACGAAGACAUGUCCGAGAUGGAGGUGUCCGAGGAGGAGGAGUCCGAGGAGGAGCGGGAGAAGGUCGAGAUUGCGCUCAAGUCCAAGAGCAAGCGAAAGAUGCGAGCUUGA